CUCAUAUUCAGGCAUGCCGUGCCCUGAUGAUUACUUCCAUCCUUUUGGGAUUCAUAGCUGCAGUACUCUCACUGCUUGGUUUGAAGUGCACAAACAUCGGGUUGAGCGAUGAAGACGGAAAAAUGAAAUUUGCUGUCACAGGAGGAUUUCUCUUUAUUUUAGGAGGUCUCUGCUCCAUGGUGGCAAUUUCUUGGUAUGCUGCGAUGGUUACUGCUCAGUUUUUUGACCCGUUGUACGCUGGAACCAAGUAUGAACUAGGAGAUGCUCUGUACUUAGGCUGGGCUGGAUCUGCUCUUUAUAUGCUUGGUGGGAUCUUACUGACCUGUUCAUGUAAAGGGAAGAAAAAAAAAGAUUACAGUUUCAACAAAUAUGCAUAUUCGGCAGGCCAGGCACCUCAGCAGCAGCAGCGCAUUUACACCAGAAACUCUGAGACACUCAUAAGCAACAAGGAGUAUGUCUAA